CUUUCCUUGCGUUUGCAGAACAGCACAUUGGACUUAACCCUCAACAUACGAACAGCAGGAUUAUAAGGAUUCUGGCAACAGCCUGAGGAAAAUAUUUUUUCUUUGAUUUUACAUUAUUUAUUACUCAGUAAGCUGCGUCAUUGGGACCUAGGAGUUCAAAUCAUGGUUGGGGCAUACCGAUGAUGCCAGGAGCCUCGCAUGUGGUGGUGGAAAUUGGUUGAGUUGGUGGGGAUGCCUUGCCUCGUCGCACUCUAGCAACUUCUAGUGAGCUGCAGGCGUUUGUCUAUCUCUCCUGGACCCAUGGACAGUGGAGCCAGAAUGGAUGCUAACGCUAUAUUUUUCCUUCUGUUGCUGUGUUCUGUCACUGAGCUGUUUGUGGCGGCGACCUCAGAGGCAAAUGAAUCCCAGCAUGAGCAGAUGCACCCACAGCACGAAAUCGAGUUCAGUCGGAACAGUAUACUCACAGCUCAGUUCGAGUGCUACCAGAAUAUUAUGAAAAAGGAUAGAAAAAAAAAUGCAGGUCAAGUGUGUAAUGAGACAUGGGAUGGCUGGCUGUGUUGGGAGGAGACAGAGGCAGGCUUCACUGCUAACCAGAACUGUCCAGAAUAUUACCAGGACUUUAACCCAGCAGAAAUGGCAACUAGAGUGUGCAGUGAGACGGGCCAUUGGUUUCUACAUCCAGAGAGCAACAAAACAUGGACAAACUACACAGAAUGCAGUGCACACAACGAUGCCCUUAGAGUGACAGCGAUGAAUCAAUACUACUUGGUUCUGAUUGGUCAUGGACUUUCACUAACAUCAUUGCUGUUAUCUUUGGGAAUAUUUUUUAAUUUUAAGAGUCUAAGCUGCCAGAGGAUAACACUCCACAAAAACCUCUUCUUCUCGUUUGUGUUGAACUCAGUCAUUACUAUCAUCUGGUUUACAGCGGUGAUUAAAAAUCAGGAGCUAAUGCAGUCUAACCCUGUCUGGUGUAAGGUAGUGAACUUUAUCCACCUCUACCUGUUUGGCUGCAACUACUUCUGGAUGCUUUGUGAAGGCAUCUACCUGCACACACUCAUCGUCGUUGCCGUGUUCGCAGAGAAACAACCCCUGAAGUGGUAUUACCUGCUCGGAUGGGGUUUUCCAAUCAUACCUGCUUUGAUACAUGCAAUAGCACGCAACAAUUACUACAAUGACAACUGUUGGAUCAGCUAUGAAACAUCUCUGCUGUACAUCAUCCACGGUCCGAUCUGUGCUGCCCUGCUGAUUAAUCUGUUUUUCCUUCUGAACAUAGUGCGCGUCCUCAUCACCAAACUUAAGGUGACCCACCAGGCAGAGUCUAGCCUCUACAUGAAGGCUGUAAGAGCCACCCUGAUCCUGGUCCCUCUACUGGGUAUCCAGUUCGUCCUGUUCCCUUACAAACCGGGACGUUACACCUAUGAGACAUACGACUACAUCAUAACAAUCCUCAUGCACUACCAGGGUCUCCUGGUUGCCACCAUUUUCUGCUUCUUCAAUGGGGAGGUCCAAAGCGUUAUGCGAAGACACUGGAAUCAGCAGAGAAUCCAGUUUGGCAACAAUUUUGCCGGUGCAGACAUCUUCCGCUCCGCCUCAUAUGUGGCGUCCUCUCUGACGGAGGUCCACCGCUGCUACAGUAUUGACGGGCACACCGAACUCAUGAACGGCAAAAACAGCUACCAUGACAUUGAGACCGUGACACCCACCAUUCUCAGGUCGGAGAACCCUUUUGCCUAAAGGUUGAAUAUCGGACAUUGGUUUUUCUUUGUUUUCUUUGCUGUUAAGACAUUUUACAAAUUGAUGGAAGCCAAGGAUUAUACAGGAAGAGAAAGAAGUGGAAGGAAUUUCCCUCAUCUUCGUAUGGAUGUCCUAUCUAGCUACACAGUACAAGUUGAGUAGACAGCUCAGGACUCUUUUCCCAAGUCCUCUAGAAACCUUUUGGCUGUAGCCUUCACAGUGAUAAGAUGCAUCGGGGUAAAGGACAUUCAUGUUUAGGGUUAAGACCUUUCUUAACCUUUCAGUGUGCUAAAUAUACUUACCUUCAACCGUUUAACUUUAAAAAAGACUGAAUUGGCACUUAAUUAAAGACAACUCUGCUAAUUAAUAGAAACUACCUAGAGUAUCUUGCAGGCCUUAGUGUUUUGGCAUGGCAUUUCACUAAUUUCCUGUGGACCAAAGAGCCUUGUCUGUGCAACAUCCUCUAACCUGAGAUGAUGAGUAAGUACAGUAAAAUUAACUUGUUGGGCGUACUGGUUAUUUAAUUCCAUUUUGUCCUUAAGGACAAAUUCAAGCUACUGUACUUGGACCUUAAGCACUGGACUAUAUUUUACAAUAUGUUUUCUCAAAAACUAUCUAAUAGUAUUUCGGUUAUUAGCCCACUGAUAAUACAAUCCCCAAAAAUGUGUAUGGGAGUAGUCAACUUUUAAAGAUAAAGGACUUUCAUUACUGAGAAAAAAUCUCACAAUGAUGCGUUUUCCAGAAUGUACGACUCUCUUAUUAGGCAACAUGGGAAAUGUUGUUUCGGAGGGAAAUCAUCGUUGUGUAUCUGAGGGCCAAGGUGGAAUUUUAUUUUUCACAGCAGUUACACAUAUAAUUUGUUACUUUAUGUUGUUAUCUGUGGUCUGAAUUGUUUAUUUAAAACCCUACUGUGGCAGUACUUCUCACUUUAUCCCCCAUAAGCAUGUACACUUGUGGUCAAACAUUUACAUACACUUGUAAAGAACAUUCAUGUCAUGGCAGUUUGAGUUUCCAAUAACUACAACUCAUAAUUUUCUGUGAUGGAAUCAUUGGAGCACAUACCUCUUUGUCAUGAAAUUUGUCAUGAAAUGUGGUUCUUUUAUGACUUCAUUAUGGGUCUUCUGAAAAUGUGACCAAAUCUACUGGGUCAAAAAUAUACAUACAGCAACUUCAAUGAUCAAUUGUGGUGAUAGUUGUAUCAAUCAAAUUUGCUUUGUGACAUGACCUCUUUAACUUCUCACAAGUGAUUAUUAUUUACUACAGCUGGUGACUUCUCUGAGCCCAUUUAAAUGGGGCUUGUUUGAUACACUAAUUAGAUUCAACCAAAACGCUAUGAUGGGCAAGUCUAAGUAGCUCGGCACAGAUCUGAAGAGGCAGAUCAUUGACUUGAACAAGUCAGGAAAGUCACUUGGAGCCAUUUCAAAGCAGUUACAGGUCCCAAGGGCCACUGUGCAAACAAUUGUUGGUAAGUAUAAAGUGCAUGGCUCAGUUGUGUCACUGCCACAAUCAGGAAGACCACGCAAGCUAUCAACUGCUACUGAGAGAAAAUUGGUCAGGAUGGUCAGGGGUCGACCAAGAACCACCAAAAAGCAGGUCUGCAAUAAAUUAGAAGCUGCUGGAACACAGGUGUCAGUGUCCACAGUUAAGCGUGUUUUACAGCGCCAUGGACUGAGAGGCUGCCGUGCAAUAAGAAAGCCCUUGAUCCAGAUGCGGCACCUUAAGGCUCGACUGAAGUUUGCUACUGAUCACAUUGACAAACAAAGGCCUUCUGGAGGAAUGUUCUGUGGUCAGAUAAAUCAAAAAUGGAGCUAUUUGGCCACAAUGACCAGAAAUAGAGGAGAAAAGGUGAGGCCUUUAACCCCAAGAACACCAUACCUACCAUCAAGCAUGGUGGUGGUAGUAUUAUGCUCUGGGGCUGUUUUGCUGCCAGUGGAAUUGGUACAUUACAGAAAGUGAAUGGAAUAAUGAAGAAGGAUUACCUUUAAAUUCUUCAGGAAAACCUAAAAUCAUCAGCCAGAAGGUUGGGCCUUGGAUGCAGUUGGGUGUUUCAACAGGACAAUGACCCCAAACACACAUCAAAGGUGGUAAAGGAAUGGCUAAAUCAGGCUAGAAUUAAGGUUUUAGAAUGGUCAAAGAUUCAAACAGAAGCUUGUCAGAAGCUUGUGGAUGGCUACCAAAAGGGCCUAAUCGAGGUGAAAAUGGCCAAGGGACAUCUAAACAAAUAUUAAAAUUGCUCUAUGUAUAUUUUUGACCCAGUAGAUUUGGUCACAUUUUCAGAAAACCCAUAAUAAAGUCAAGUAUGUGCUCCAAUGAUUCCAUCACAGAGAAAAUGUAGUUGUAGUUAUUGGAAACUCAAACUGCCAUGACAUACAUGUUCUUUACAAGUGUUUUAAACGUUUGACCCCAACAGUACAUGUCCUGUCAAUCUAUUUCCCUGUUUGGUUGGCCCAUCACUUCUGUCUGGACUAGAGUUUAAUCCCUGAUUUUAUGUCUGGCACAUGAAAUGACCUUGACUUGCCUCUGUUUUAUCUGUCAUUAUACUUAAAGUAAGUAUUUUUUUCCAUAGAGAGUUGCUUCAUAUCCAAAUGCUGGAAAAUAAUUCUGCUCAAACAUGGAUAGUCCAUGUGGAGGGAGAGCGAGAGAGACAGGGAGAGAGAAAAUGAAAGUGUGUGUGUUUGCAUCUCCUGGUUAGAGUUCCCUCCAUAGUUAUUGGGACAGUAAAACAUUUUUCUUCUUUUGGCUCUAUAAGUAAAUUGUUACUGUUAUGUUAAAGUAGAGAUUCUCAGCGUUUUGCAAAUGUUGGUGCCCUGAAAGUCAUAGGUGGACCAUAUGUAGUGUUAUCAUUCUUAAAUAGUGAAACAAAUAUGAACACCAAUCCCCUCCAAUGAAAGCUCAGAAUCUAUACUUAAUAUGAUGUUGAUGCAUUUCAAAUCCAAACAUUUGCAGUAUAGAGUAUAUAUUAAGAAAAGUAGUUUAUAAUCCCAAUAAAUACAGAAAGCAUAUUGUAUAUUUAUCUUUAUGGGCAGAUCAAUAUAGAAAUAUAAUAGAAGGAUGAGUCAAAAGGGUAUUUAUGUUUUUAACUACUCAAAUGAAUUACCCAUCAACCCCACCAUGGCAUUCUGAAUGUGUCAUUACUGUUUUCAUUAACCUUUUGUACAAUUUUAUAGUCUAUAUUAUUGAGCAUAUUGCAGUUCUGUUUUCAUUAUACAUCAUCACUUCUAGCUGGGGUGGACACAAUAUAUGGUGUCAUGUCCGUUUUAUCUUUGAUAGUCAGUGAUUUUAUUUAGAAUCCAGAACCAACUGUUUUGUUUUCCACUCAGUUCUGAGUUCUACUCAAAAAAUCUUCAGGCAUUUAUUUCUGUUUUUCUAUGAGUGUAUUGUUUUCUCUUGUACAGGGUGUUGACUUUGUAUGUGUGCCAAAUUGUUUAACAUUCUCACUGUGGGGAAUGCUGUAAUGAAUUGUUGUGAAGUGUAAUGCAAUUAUAUGUCAUCAACAAAUGUUGCUUUGGCGCUGCUGGCUUUCGUCAUACUGUCCAAAAUUGUGAAACCAACACUGAAGAGCCAUGGUUUAGGCUGUGUACACAACUGUGAGCGCACAUACACACACACACACAUAACAAUUCAAAAUGAUUGACAUGCUGUUGGUCUAUACGGGAUAUUUAUCACAACUUUCUGUGUGGUUCUAUCAAUAGUCCAUUGCCUGGCAUCAAAUCCAUCUCUUUUAAUCAAAUGGUGAUUUCAGCAGUCCAAACAACACGUGAGGUUCUGUGCUUGUGGAUACGCUGCAUGUGUGGUCCAGGGUUUUUGUUGUUGCAUGACACUAGUAUUGAUUGCUACACUACCAGCGCACCCAACUGGAUUGAUGUUUGGGAUCCGUAUGUUAGCUAGAUUCCAGAUAGGGUGGAUAUUCCUUGUAUGGAAGCAGUUACAAGUUAAUACUGAAUACAUGAAUUGCAAACACACAGGAGAGCAAAUUCCAUCAGUAGGAAAUGCAGUAUCUUCAAAUGAUUAAUGCUGGGAAAACAUUAAAGUAAUGAAAUUACUUGUAAUGAUUUAAUCAUUUCAUUCAACGUGUAAAACUAUAAACAGCUGUUUUUGUUCAAAGCUAAUUUGGAAUUUCCUAGAACAAUAAAUAAUGACUAUGUUUCUUAA